AUGGCUGAUCAGGAGGAGGAUGAUUUGAAAAUGGCGUUGAGGAUGAGUAUGCAGCACGACCCACCGGAGCCGAAGAGGAGCAAACCGAGGGAUAACGUCACCGGAGCUCCGUCGGAGCAGUCACCACCGGAAGCGAAUAACCGAAUGUUGCAGCGGGAAUUGAUGGCGGCUGCGGCAGAGAAGCGGAUGAUGGCUUCGAAGAACGCUGCCGCUGUGGCGCCUUCGGCUUCGAAGGUUGAUAAGUGUGUGAAGGAAGAGAAUAGGGGUGGUUCUGGAGCUGAAUUGAAGAAGAAAGAUGUGAAUUUGGGGAAAGAACUGUCGCCAGCGGAGGCUAAUAAGUUGUUUUCGAUGAUUUUCAGUGGUAAAGUUACGAAGGAUAUACUUGCACAGUGGAGCAAUCAAGGCAUUAGGUUUAGUCCUGAUCCAGAAACAUCUAUGGGCUUAGUGCAGCAUGAAGGUGGGCCGUGUGGGGUAUUAGCAGCCAUACAAGCAUUUGUUCUCAAAUACCUUAUAUUCUUUCCUGAGGAAUCAAGUAAAGCUGAACAAAACACACCAAUGGGUUCAGGAAGACUGUCUGAAAGUGAAUUUGUUGCUUUGGAUGUUUUGGCUUCUAUUUCUGACGACAGAAAAUUAAGAUCCUUGGUCAAAAGUAUGGGUGAAAUAUUGUUUCUGUGUGGGAGUAAUAAAAGGGCUGUGAUUGCAUCUCUUAGCAUUUUUGACAGUUACAUUGAGGGGUCUGAAGACUGUUCAAAAGAAGAGAUCAUCUUAAAAGCACUCGAAGGUCUCUCAAUUGAAUCAGGUUCUGAUUUGCAAAAAAAUUUGAGAGUUAACACAUACACCUCACAGGUGAGUGCCUUUCAUAGGCUCGAAGCAGUGAUUCCUGUUUUCCAAAGCCGUAUGGGGGCAAUGCUCUUUCUCAUUUCUGCUUUGCUUUCUCGUGGACUGACAUUCUUCCUAAAGAUUGUCAGGAUACUAAUCACCUUAGAAUGA